AUGGCCGCUGCUACCCCCACUACCACUAUCACCCCCGCCGCCUCGACUCCCGCGGCCACAACCACCGGCAAUAGCGCCAUCCUGGAGGCUGUGAGCAGUUUCCUUGACAUCUUGGCUUUCUUGGCCGAGCUGACGGCUAGCUUCGACGACGGCGAUGACAACGUCAUAAUCGUCGGGGACAAGCCGGAGGAUAAUUCCGUGCACGCGAACGAGGAGGCAAUGGAGGCGGAGGACGCGCAGAGCCUGAACGAGGUUUCACUGGGGCUAAAAUCACAUACUCUCAUCGCCGCGGCAGCAUGGGGCGGUAUCAAGGAGAUGGGACUAUACUAG